AUGAGCUCCCCAGACCAGCAGUGGGUUGCGCUCUCCCGUCGCGAGAGCAAAGUCGAAGAAAGCGAGGCGGAGGCUGUUUUUCAGCAGCUUCCAGCUGUCAGUCCUGAGUCUUUGCUAGGCGAGUGGCACGGACGGGAUUUGAAUACCGGCCACCCCGGCGUUCAAAAGAACAAGGAACUCCGAUGGGCGGGCAAAUCGUUUGUCUCUGUUGAGGAUGUCAAGCCAAUGAUGGUGUUGGACGAUGCUGGGAAUAGGGUCUGGAAAGAGGAGAUUGGUGGCGCCCGCCUGCGUGAAGUAAAGUACAAUGGUGUGGUUUCGGCCGCCAUGAUCUAUAACAACAAGCCCAUUAUCGACCACUUUCGGAAGGUGAACGACACGAUGGUCGCUGGGGUCAUGGAUACCAAUUUGAUCAAGGACUGUGGGCUGUAUUACUUCUACUUGACCAAGGUGUGA